AUGGCCUCUCCGUUCUCUCCCUUCUGUGGCCGUGACUGCCCUCUCUUCUCCCUCAUUCUCUUCUUCUUGUUAUGGUGCGUCUUCCCUCUGUCAUCCCACGGCCAGAUUACCCCAGCGGUGUACACAUUUGGGGACUCUCUGGCGGACGUCGGCAAUAACAACCACCUCCACCUGUCUCUCCUCAAGGCAAACUUCCCCCACAAUGGCGUCGACUACCCAGGCCGGAAGGCCACAGGCCGGUUCGGCAACGGCAGGAACUCCGCCGACUUCCUUGGUAUCGUCUCCACCCAUCCUUUCACCCCUUCACAACCAUAGCCAACUUCCCACCUGCUUCAUUUGAAUGGUCCUUCUCAGCACAUUUUGCUGUGUGGCAGAUUAUCAUUCUCCGCCGUGAGUCUUCUGAAAUCUAGUCAUGCUCUUACCAACUGAUUUUCUCGUGUUGCAGCUGAGAAGUUGGGCCUGCAGACUUCACCACCUUAUCUGUCAAUAUCCAGUUCUGGUGGCCCCGAUGCGUUCCUCAAGGGCGUUAGCUUCGCUUCCGGCGGCGCCGGGGUUCUGAACAGUACAAACAAGGUAUCUCAUUUAGAGUUUAAUAUGUCGAAGGAAAGAUAGCCAUACAGAUAGCACUGAUUCAUGGAUAAAUAGAUGGAUAGAUGAGAUGGAUUGGUUAAUAAAGAGACCAACAGAUUGAGUGAGAGAGUACGAGAGUGAGGACCAACGCUUUCGAACUCGGAGCGUUCGAGAGUCACUGGCUAUGGAAGGAUAAUCUCGAACGGAGAGUAACCAAUGCUCGUCUUCUUCUGCAGGAUCAUUGCUUGACCCUCGACAAACAGAUAGAGUACUUUUCAAGGGUUCACGCGGCUCUGCAGCAGAAGUUGGGGGAUGUGGAGACGAAGAAGCACAUCUCUCAGUCCAUAUUUAUCGUAGUGAUUGGGAGCAACGACCUCUUGGGGUACUUCAAAUCUGACCCUUCCGAGCGGGCCAAAUCCACUCCCCAGCACCUCGUUGACACGCUGAUCUUCAAGCUGAAGGGCCAGUUAAAGGUAAUUAAUUACCCCAAGCAAGUUAAUACUGCUGUCGUCUCUGUCAGUUUAGCUCUCCGAGCUAAGGCUGCCGUUACUGACGAUUCUGCAGAAUAUUUACGACCUUGGCGCCAGGAGGAUUGCCUUCAUAGGAACCGGACCCAUCGGAUGUUGCCCAUCCGAAAGGGCACGCACCAACAAGGGAGACUGCAACGUAGAGUCUAACUACGGGUCGAUGAAGUUCAACGAGGGCGUGAGCUCCGUCCUGGGGGAGAUGAAGGCGGAACUUGGAGACUUCAGCUAUUCCUUCUUCGACACCUACGCUGCGCUAAUGGAGAUAAUAGAGAGCCCUUCCUCCUACGGUACGACGGUUUCUCCUCUCGUUUUUCGGGGAUGUCAUCAUGGCAAUAUUUGAUUUGGGAACUCAUAAUUGCCAGCCAAAGAUUUUACGGACUGACAUGCAUCCUAGACCAGUUUAAUAUUACAACAUCUUUUGAAUAUUUUUAAAGUAAAAUAUUGAAAGCAUUUUAUUAAAAUAUAAAACGUAUUACAUUUCAAUACCAAAAAGAUGGAAAUAUCGAGGCCAUUUUUUCUAAUACUAGAAAUAAAUAAAUUAGAAGUCUAUUUAUAAAUCAAAAAAUUAUAUACUAUUUGAGAUAAACCCUCGUGAUUCGUUGUUUAAUACGCUGGAUUUUGCUACAGGGUUCACUGAAGUUAAGGCUGCAUGCUGUGGGCUGGGUAAUCUGAAUGCAAAGGUUGCUUGCCUCCCCAUAGCGACUUACUGCUCCAACAGGGAAGAAUACGUCUUCUGGGAUUUCUACCAUCCAACGGAAGCAUCCUUUCGCAGGCUUACCGAGACAGUCUUCAAUGGCUCACGUCCUCUCGUCCAUCCGCUAAACGUCCGUCAGCUAGCUUCUCUCAAAGUCUAG